AUGAAAACCUGUUACUAUGAGCUUUUGGGAGUGGAGUUCACGGCGUCUGAUUCUGACCUUAAAAAGGCAUAUCGUAGAAAAGCGUUGCAGUACCAUCCUGACAAAAACCCCGAGAAUAUCGAGGAAGCUACAGCAGUAUUUGCGACAAUAAGAGCAGCAUAUGAAGUUCUUUCUGAUGCUCAAGAAAGGGCAUGGUAUGACGCACACAAAAACCAAAUUUUGAGUGAUGACAUCAAUACUUUCGAUGAGGGCUACGGUGACGGGAAUGAAUACGAGGUUGAUGGUUCAAUCACAGGAAUAACCACGGAUGACUUGCUCAAAUUCUUCAAUUCUGGAUUGUAUUCGAGAAUUGAUGAUUCUCCAGCGGGGCUUUACCAAAUUGCAGGUAAAGUAUUUGCCAAAUUAGCCUGUGAAGAGGUCAAGUUCGGAAGAAUGCAAGGACUUGCAAACUAUGAUAAAUACGAAGAUCAGUGGUUCGAGACGGACAUACUUGAGUCGGGCUACAGAAAAGCGUCCGACAAGUACACUUCUAAAGCAUCGAUGCUUUUUCCAGCUUUUGGAGACUCGACUGCCUCCUUUGAGCAUCUGCGAGUCUUUUACCGCAAUUGGUCCAGUUUCAGUACUGUAAAAACGUUUAGCUGGAAAGACGAGUAUAUGUACUCACGCAAUUACGACAGACGAACGAAACGGGAGAUUGGGAAACGUAACGAGAAGCUGCGACAGCAAGCGCGAAGCGAGUAUAAUAAGACUGUCAAGAGAUAUGUUACAUUUAUCAAGAAAUUUGAUUCCCGAAUGAGAGAAGGCGCCGCCAAAUUCGAGCAAGAAAAGCGUAGGAAAAUGCGUGAAGAUCUACAGCGGCAAAUCGAGAAAGAUAAAGAGGCUAGAUCCCAGAGCGUUGGCGAUCCCUUCAAGUUGCAAAGUUGGCAAACCGUGGAUGAUUUCGACUGGAGCGAAAUUGAAAAAAAUUAUGAUAGAAGCGGAAAUUUGACGGACGAUGACGAGAAAUCCGAUACAGACGUUAUCAUUUUCGAAUGUUUUGUGUGCAACAAGUCGUUCAAGUCUGAAAAGCAGCUUGAAAACCACAACUCUACCAAGGUGCACAAGAAAAACUUACAACAAAUACAGAAAGAAAUGCGCAAAGAUAAUAUGACUUUAGGGUUAGAUGCUGUUUCUGACGUUGACGAAUUUGAUUCUGCUACGGAAGACACGAGCGGGAGCGCCGGGCAAUUGAAUCUCGACGAAAUAGAAAGCGAGUUGCAACGUAUCGAACAAGAACUUGACGGUAUUAGCGAUGACGAUGAAGAUGACGGUGAUAGCAUUACCAACGACUUGGACUCAGAGGAGCUGUCUCAAACAUGUUCUAUAGGACCAGAGUCCGAUUCAGAACUUAAGCUGCAUCAAGAGCAUGUGGAAGUUGACAUCGAGAACGAUCAACAAACGGAUUUUGACGCGCCCAGCGAUGUGGAAGACGAUGAGCUUUCGAAAUUAUUGGAUUCUCUCACGUCAAAGCAAGAUCAGAGUCUCAAUGAUGAUGAGGAACCUAGCGAUGAGUGGGACAUGCCCAAAAAGUCCAAAAAAAAUCAAAAACUCAAGAUCAAAAAAGCCCAAGAUGGAUCACGUAUACCUAAGCCAUCGCUCCAAUUUGCAUGCCAAAAAUGCUCGAACUCCUAUGCAUCGAGAAAUGCGCUGUUUGACCACAUCAAACGUGAAAACCAUUCAGCUGCUAUUCCCAAACAAAAACUAAAAAAUAAGUCCAAAAACAACGCCAAAAAAAGGUAA